GCGGUCUGGCUUUGGCUGGAGGAGCAAGGAGUGCAAAAAGAUUUGAGGUCACAGGAGGCACAGUUGGAAAUUUCUGCCAUGGCUGCUGAGCUGGACUUCACACCCCCGGAAAUCCCAGAGCCGACACUCAUGGAGAACAUCCUACACUAUGGCCUGUUCUUUGGAGCCAUUUUCCAGCUCAUCUGUGUAUUGGCCAUAAUCCUUCCCAUUCCAAAGUCGCAUAAAACCGACACAGAAGGCUUCGAAUCGAAAAGCUCAGAAGUGGUGAAAAAAACCAAAGCUGCUGCUGCAUCAGCAAACAAGAAACCAAAGAAAGAAACAAAGAAGAAACGAUAAAAAAGCUUUUGUGACGAGCAAAAAAGGUUGUUUGUCAACAGCUUUCUUUGAAUACAUUGGUGAAGAAGAACCUAAAACGUAAAAAAGCACCCAAUGCACCUGUGCUUAUAGUCUCAUUUCUGGUAUAAAGAAGCACUUUUAGAAAAGGUGACAAUUAUUGUCUCAUAUGAUGUGCGUUUCCUUCCUUAGGAUGUAACAUCUUACCUAGAACUGGAAGUGGGAGGAAAGUGGGAUAUUUCCUUUGUGACAUUUGAGGUGUGAAGUGCAGGUCCUAUAAAAGGAAAUCAGACCAUGCAAAACGCCUCCCCC